GGGAGCAGCGGCGGCGGCGCUUGGCCAAGUGACCGCUCCGCCUCCGCCUCCAGCUGUGAGUACUCGCGCCACUGCAGCGCUGUCAGAGCUAGCUGCAAACUCUGCAACAGGCACUCAUUCAUGUCAGUCUCAUCUCUCAGCGCCCUUUAACUAUCCAACCCCUCCCUGAAAUCGAGAAGAGAAAUUAUCCCCUUCCGAAGAAGGGGAAAGAAAAAAACUUUGACUGGUUCCUCGUCCCGCAGUAAAGAAAAUCGGUUUUUAUUGGUGAUGGCAGUGAAAGCACUCACGGGGUGUUGCAUUUUCUGGACUCUGCUGUUAUCCCUUCGCGAUGUCUCCUGUCAGUUAGCCCCAGAGUGCUACCCUGGUGGUCACCAGCUUCUUCAGAAUCCCUAUAGAAGUGUGGACUUUGAUUCGCUCCGACUUCAACAGUCAGCAAUUCAAGAGCUAAUAUGUGAUCAUUCUUUAACACCAGGAUGGUAUCGUUUUCAGAUCUUCGAUAAACCUGCAGAAAUGCCGACAAAAUGUGUGGAGAUGAAUCACUGUGGUACCCAAGCUCCAGUUUGGUUGUCUUUGCAAGAGACGGAAUCCCUGCCCCAAGCUGGAGAGGUUAAGCAUUUGACUGCCUGUGCAACAUGGCAGUUUUUCUUCAGUACAACAAAGGACUGCUGUCUUUUCCGAAUUCCAGUCAGUGUGCGAAACUGUGGUGACUUUUUUCUGUACCUUCUCCAGCCCACACAAGGAUGCAUGGGAUAUUGUGCAGAAGUUGCAUCCGAAACAAAAGAACAAAGCAGCUGUGGUCCAAAGGAAACUGAAAAUGGAAACAUUUGUCAAGCAGCUAAACAUCCACCACCUCCAGUUGAUCUCGAAGUUGUGGCUGAGUUAGAUAAUGGGAGUAUUUAUCUGAAGUGUUCCUUUGAGAGUUCAGUAACAAACAGUUCUCUUGGAUUUACUGUCACUUGGUUCCGACUGUCACCUGAUGGAACCAAAGAGGAGCUGCGUCAGGAGACAACAGUCCAGAAGUUUUCCUUUAUAGAACUGGAUGGGGUAAAUCUCAGACUUGGGGACAGGAUUUACUGCAGGUGUUUAAGUUUCUACUUGGAUAGCCCGGAAAUUCAAGGACCUUCAGCUGAAAGCAAAGAAUUUUUUGCUGGUGUUAAGAUUCACCCAGAGGCUUUAACUGUGGCAGAGGAUGGAAAGCAACACAAACUGGUGAUUGAGAGUACAGUACCAAUCCCUUGCUCUGAAUCCAGUCAGACUAAAGAUGAAUGUAAACUCACAAUUAUACUGAACACAGCUAAUCAAGAUGUACAAAAUGUUGGAUAUUCAGGGUCAAAUCUUGUCCUUUCUUCAUGUCAUGUGGACCUACUCCAAGCACCUUGCAAUCAAGGUGCAUGUUCCCGAUCAUCUGUUUACUAUACAGCAGUGACUGAUUUUGCGCAGGAUGGUGACAGCGUGACUGAAAUUACAUCAUGGCCCAUAGCCACUGACAACUUCUUAUGGAACAGUUACAUCCCAGAACCAAUUCAGAUAAGAGUGCAAGAUGUUCCCACUGCCUAUUGUUACUCAUAUACAGAUCCACAUCUGAUCACAUUUGAUGGCAGACGUUACGAUAAUUAUAAAACUGGAACGUUUAUACUGUACAAGAGUAUUGCCCGAGACUUUGAGGUGCAUGUUCGUCAAUGGGACUGUGGGAGUUCCCAUUACCCAGCUUCCUGCAAUUGUGGAUUUGUAGCUAAAGAAGGAGGAGACAUUAUUUCUUUAGACAUGUGUAAUGGACAACUGCAUGAAACCAGACCACAUUUAUCUGUGAAAAGUCAAGACAUUACUGGUAACAAUGUUAAAAUCACUAAAUCUUACCAAGGAAAGAAAAUAACAAUCACAUUUUCAUCUGGAGCAUUUAUCCGUGCUGAUGUGAGUGAGUGGGGAGUGAGUUUAACACUUAGAGCACCAGGUGUAGACUUCCAAAGUACCAGAGGUCUUUGUGGCACAUUUGAUGGUGAUAUGAAUAAUGAUUUUCAUAAUUCAGCUGAGCUCUUAAUUCAAGAAAAGGUUGAUAACCUUGAUGGUUUCAUUGAAAGUUGGAGAAUACAGCCUGGAAAGAGUCUAUUUGAUAAAACACCACCCUUACCUGUUAAUGUCAAAAGAAGAUGUUACUGUAGUUGCAAUACUGAUUCAGUUGUGAUGCAACAGCCUGCAAAUAAACUUGAUUUUUUUCCUCAAUCUGGGGUUUCUUCAGCUUGCCUAAGCAGUGAAAAUGUAAGAUUUUCCAAUUUGAUACCAGUGCUGGAUGUUACAGCAGAGUACAUCAGUACUGUUGAACUGAUUCGAGGAAUCAGUCGACGCAAUGCUCGAAGCAAAUCUAGAAUUGCCACUUUAAAAGAUGUACAUUAUGCAAGUCUGAGUAAAUUAAAUCAAACCGUUCAUUUUGCAAGGGUCUCCUAUGUACAUUCCAGAGAGCACAGAAUGCUGAAAAAACAAGUGCUAUCAAGGGAACACGUUAGAAGGAACAAACAUAAAGACAUCAGCUACAAUCAAAAAAGGCAUCUUAAUAAUAGGAGAUGGAAACGGCAACAUUAUUAUGAAUACUUACCAACAGUCCUUUUUCAAAGCCUUACUCAGACAGACUUAGAGGGAUUUAGUUACUUCUUUCCUGAGGAUCAUGCUUCUGAAUUUCAUCAAGAGAUCUUGCCUACUUGGCCUACACCUUCUGGACUGACAGAAGCUAUGGCUUCUGAUUUAUGCCAGCAGACUGUAACGAACUCCAGUAUAGGUCGAGCCUGUGGAGAGUUACUGGGACAACGAUUAAUGGAUGUAAUAGAUAUUUGUAUCUUGGAUCUUCAGCUUAAAGAUGACCUCAGUUGGACAAGCGGAGGUCUAAGUUUGUUAGAGAACGAAUGUGAGAGGAAACUUCUGGAAGAUGGGAUCCAUCAUGACAGUGGCAAUGGUGACUUGUCCAGUGUACCUCAGGAUAUUUUGUCAGCACUAAGGUGCCCCAGUUCUUGCAGUGCCAAUGGCGAAUGUACUGAGUGGGGUUGUACCUGUUUUUCAGGUUUCAGCAGCUCCGAUUGCAGUGUUUUAGUCGAUCAGCUUCCUGAAAUCACAGAGUUGGAGAAUUCUGGAUUGUGUGAUGUUCGACAGUUUGACUGUACCUCUGUGAGGGUCUUUGGCCAGUGGUUCACGGAGUCUGCAAGUUUAACGUGUGAAAUCAUCAAGCUGCAAUACGUCAAUGAUGAAUGGGUUCCAACUGUGUCGCAAACGACAAAGGCGACAUUUUUGAGUAAUCGAGCCGUGGACUGCCAGAUUCCAGCUGAGAUUGGUCAAUCAUUUGAAAGUAUAGACCUCAUUGAUGACAAACCACUAGCAAGAUGGCAAGUCAAGAUUUCAAAUGAUGGUUACACAUACAGCAAUUCUCAGGAUUUAACACUGUUUGAUGGAGCUUGUCAAACAUGUGAACCAAACUCUGAUGGACUCUGCAGUUUAAAGGAAAAAACAUGCAAUAUUGAUGGGCUUUGUUAUGGCGCAGGGGAUCCAAAUCCAACUAGUCCUUGCCUUUUAUGCAGACCAGAAAAAUCAAAUUUUGAGUGGUCUGUUAACGAAAAUAACCAACCUCCAAUAUUUCAACAUUCGCAAGAAAAACUUCAGACUUUUACUGGGGAAAAUUUUGUGUACCAGUUCUUGGCUUCUGACCCAGAAGGAUCCGCUGUUGUUUUUAACAUUAAUGCUGGACCCAAGGGUGCUAACCUUUCUCCUGCAGGACUUCUUAUAUGGAAGGUUUCUUUACAGGAGCCACAGACGUUCUCUUUUUCUGUGACAGAUGACUGUAAUGCUGAGACCAAAGUGUCAGUAGAGGUCACUGUAAAGCCAUGCAACUGCUUGAAUGGGGGUUCCUGUGUUACAAACAUAAAUUUUCCUCCAGGAAGUGGAGAGUAUCUUUGUAUGUGUGCUCUUGGUUUUGAAGGAAGUUACUGCGAAGUGAAUAUUGAUGACUGCAAAUCCAAUCCAUGUGGCUUUGGUAGCUGUGUGGAUGAAAUAAAUAGUUAUUCAUGUAAAUGUCAAGAAGGCUUUCAAGGUGCUGAUUGUCGAGUGGAUAUUAAUGAAUGUGAAGCUAAUCCAUGCAUUCCAACAGUAUCUUGCUUUAAUACUUUUGGCUCCUAUAGAUGUGGUUUGUGUCCACCUGAAAUGGAAGGAAAUGGGAAAGAGUGUGAAGUGAAAUAUGAAAGUAGAACUGCUGAUGGGCCUCCAACAACUAAUGCAGCAACUGAGAUAUUUGAUGGAACUUAUACAUCUGAGGCUGAUGAAGAUGAUGAGAAGAUACAAGAAGAAGAUGGUGAAUAUUACAUAACUGAUGUAAAUAAGAUCACAGACCCAGUAAAGCAAAGAAAUGAGGAUCAACGGAGCUUUUUCAUCACCAGCUCUGGCCCUGAUCAUCGAAAACCUGGGGUUAUCAGAUUAAUGUCAAGAGUCGCUGCUCCAACUACUGCCCCUGUUGUGAUGACGACAGCCAUCAGGAAGCCACAUACCCAUCACUGGACUACAGUAUAUCAGACAACUGACAGUAAAUCUACAGGCUGGCUUCCCUCUAUCAUAUCCAGACAACCUUUACCGAGAGAAACUCCACCUGUACAGAAUAGAGAUGCAGCAUUCUUGGAAAUCAGUACAGGGACUAGAGGAGGCAGUAAAGAAGGAGAUAAUAUAAGCAGACACCACAUGAAAGGAGAGAAACAUGUUCCAAAAAUCCUUGGUCCAUCAUCGACUCAGCAAAGGACUGUAAUAAAAUCGCAGCCUUCUGGUGAGACUGUAACUACGGAAGACCUUUAUGUCGAGGAUAAAUUAACACCUGAGCCAAAGAUAGUCACGUGUACAGACUCGCCAUGUUUCUCUGGGGUUCCUUGUGAAUCAACUCCUUCUGGAAGCUUUAGGUGUGGACGGUGCCCUUUUGGCUAUUUUGGUGAUGGAGUCGCAUGCAAAGCAAUGUGCAGAUAUCCUUGCGGCAAGAAUAUGGAAUGUUCUGCACCAAAUACUUGUCGCUGUAAGCCUGGUUACACUGGAUACAGCUGCCAAACUGCUACAUGUCGCCCUGACUGUAAAAAUCGUGGGAAAUGCCUGAAACCCGAUGUUUGUGAUUGCCCACCUGGAUAUGGAGGACCAACCUGUGAUGAAGCUUACUGUGAGCCAGCAUGUCAGCAUGGAGGAACCUGUUUGGCUCGAAAUCUCUGCACGUGUCCCUAUGGUUUUGUUGGACCACGUUGUGAAACAAUGGUUUGUAAUAGACACUGUGAAAAUGGAGGUGAAUGUGUCUCUCCAGAUGUUUGCCUCUGCAGAUCUGGCUGGAAUGGUCCCACAUGUAACACAGCUGUUUGCAGUCCUGUAUGUCUAAACGGUGGGAGGUGUAUCAGACCCAACAUCUGCAUGUGUCCGAAUGGAUUUUUUGGAUCACAGUGCCAAAACGCAAUUUGCAAUCCUCCUUGCAAGAAUGGUGGACAUUGUAUGAGAAACAACGUUUGCUCUUGUCCAGAUGGCUACACAGGAAAAAGAUGUCAGAAAAGUGUCUGUGAGCCGAUGUGCAUGAAUGGAGGGAAAUGUGUGGGUCCUAAUAUCUGCUCUUGUGUGUCAGGAUGGAUGGGGAAAAGAUGUAACACACCUGUCUGUAUACAAAAGUGCAAGAAUGGAGGAGAGUGUAUAGGUCCCAGUACUUGCCAUUGUGUGCCCGGAUGGGAAGGACUGCAAUGUCAAACACCUUUAUGCCGGCAAAAAUGCCUUUAUGGAGGCAAAUGUAUUCUUCCAAAUGUAUGCUCCUGUCGCCCAGGAUACUCUGGAUUCAUCUGUGGCAAGAAGAUACCAAUGAGACUGGGUUAGCUUGGCACCAGUGUCUAAUAUCCCUCUCAGCAAUAAUAGAUAUAAUGCUGGAGUCAGUUGUAAGAACCGGAAGUGGUUUUGCUCAAUUAUAAGGACUGUAGACAUCAAAGACUUGAUUGUGUUAAAUCAAAAGAUUAAACCAAAGGUUUGAUCCAAACCAUGCACAGACACUUAUAACUUGGUAUUAAAAAAAAAUAGUGCUCUUCAAGUGGUCUUGAGUAAAGUGGUGUGUUUACAGUUUGAACAGAGUAAUGUGAGGUACUGUAAGCAAACGAUAAUUACUGCUUAUACCAUUUCUUCCUGUAUUUUCACUACCUCAUAAUAUAAUGCCAGGGGCUUAUCGUAUAGUCACUAAUGAUUGCAAGACAUGAUGGAAUUUGUCUGAAUUUUUGUGAAACAUUUACGUAAUGUCCUCUGAGCAUGGAAGUUUUGACUUGAAAUUCUGAUUUGUCAACUGCAUUGUAACAUUACUUUAAUUGCAUUGCUUCUAAUGGAAGAUCCUGACCCCCCUUGAAACUGCACAAUCUGCAACCAUAUCAAUCUUAAAUGUGACACAAUAAAUCUGCUCACUCAAGUAUGUUUCCUUUUCUUUACAUGAGAAGACAAAUGCAUCAGGAUGUUUGGGUUCUCCUUCAUAGUUAAGUGAGUAAAUGUGCCAUGCUGAGUAAAUCUGUACAGGUGAGGUUUUGUUUCUGUCCCUUGGUGUGUUGAGUUACAAGAUCUCAGCUACGUUACACAGUUUUCAUCAACAUCCUCAAGAAGUGGAAAGAAUCAGAGUGUGUAGGUUUGCAGUUAUGUUGAACUAGAACAUAAUCACUCUUGAUGAAAUGCAACUUGGUAUAAUGGACCAGAUAUCUUAAAAUUAAUUUAAGGCUUAGAAUUCCUUUAAUAUUAUUGGAUGAACAUCUGAUACGUCAUACAACAUUUUUCUGUCCAGUAUUUAACACCGUCAUGAGCCCAUUGAUCUGAAAUCAGUUAAUGUCACCAUUAAUAUUGUGAACAGAGCAAUGUCGCACAGAUGUAUUGAAGGUUCAUCUUCCAAUAUCCCCAAAUGUAAUUUCUGAUAAUUCAAUGUAAUGUCUUGAAGAAUGCAUGAUUUUAAGCAUAUAUAAUAAUUUACUGUGUAAAAGUGAAGGGUAAUAGAUACUGACAUACUCACAAAGUUAGGAAACCUGUCAGAAACACAGCAACCGUGAAUAAUUAUAUGGGUAUUUAUUGAAUCAGACACAGUGAAUGUCUGUCUGUACUGUAAAUCAGUAUUAUCUCCCAAUCAUUCCCUUUCAUGGACCUGCCAUUUCCAUAUCAUGACCAUUUUUGAUUAUUGUAGAAAUUUACAGACCUGAUCACCAUGUCAUAAAAGGGUUGCACAGACGAUGCAUAAAUAUUUUUUAUCUGUAUACAUGAUUCCAAAAAAUCCAAAGUACAGGAAGAAUAGACCAUUCUGUCAGAAAUAAACAUUUUUAUAUGGCAUGUCCAUACAAAUGCAGAAAAAGGUGGAAAGAAGUUUUUUUUUGUUUUCUGUGGUGGGAUAUAUCAUACUACAUGAUUUAACUAAAGGUGAUAUGGGAAAUAACCUAUAUCCAAAUGUUUUUACAUUAAAUUUUAGGACUCACCUCAGUGUGAAUAAUUACAGUAUUCACAUAAAGCCACAAGAUUCAUGCACAUCAAGUUAAACUGGUUGCUACGCUUCAGUCAGUUGCAUGUUACUGCUAUUUUUCCGUAUGAUAUUGGCAUUUUUUCAUGUAUAUGAAGCUGAAAUUGUUGUUUGUAAACUUUGUUCAAGAUUUUGUUUUAAGAUGAAAAUUUUAUAUAAGGUUAAUAACCCAAAUUAAUUAGUUUAGUAAAGUUAGUGUUUUAAAAUACUUCAAUAGGUAAAACAAUUAUAGCAUCAACUUACAAUGUGCCACAUCUUCUACAUUCUUGACAUUUCAGAUUUUUGUGCCAAUUAAGUUAUUGAAAUCAACAUAAAAAUAUUGAUAAUCAAAGCUGUUGCAUAUAUUUGUGUAUAUAAAACACAUCAAAACUGUAUUGCCUUAUUAAUGUCUCAAUAUCUACUUUUCAUUUUUUCUUUGAAAUAUUAAACAUUGUACAUAUAAAUAUGACAAGUGAAAACCUUGAUUA